UUUGCCACGUGUCUGGAGUUAACAUCCACUUGACAUUUCGAUUACUGCCCCGAUGUAGAACUCCGAACAAUUUCUGUGCAUUGAAUCUUUCUCACUGUAAUCUUUAAUCUUUUUUUAAUUCAACUCCUUUGAAUCUUCCGAAAAUUCAAUGGCGUUUUACGUAUCAAAAUCGAGAAGAAUUUUUAGUGGUUUGAAUCCAAAAAUGGGUUUUCUGGGCACAAUCAACCCCGGUUCUUGGAGUUCUUAUUUUACUCAUAAUCACGCAUCUUUGUCUAAAUAUCUCAGAUACCCAACAACGAAGUCAUGUAAACAGCCGACCCUUUUCACUCCACACCGUUUCAAAUCUGUUAGACCUGAUAAUCAAUUGGAUUCUAUGCACAGUGAUAAUGAUGCACAGGUAUUGAAUUUUCCUGGAGGAAUGGUUAAGUUCACCUCAGAUUUGAAAUUCAUGUCUGAAUUUCAAGAGGAGCGAAUUCACUGCUAUCGGGUUCUUGAUGACUGUGGUCAGCCAGUCAGCGAUGAAUUUGUACAGAUUGAUGAAGAAACGGCAAUGAAAAUGUAUAAAUAUAUGGUUACGCUUCAAACUAUGGACACUAUCUUCUAUGAAGCACAAAGACAGGGAAGAAUAUCAUUUUAUGUCACUGCAAUUGGAGAAGAGGCCAUCAACAUUGCAUCUGCAGCUGCACUUCAUAUGGAUGAUCUUGUGUUUCCUCAGUAUAGGGAAGCUGGAGUUCUACUUUGGAGGGGAUUUACUCUACAAGAAUUUGCAAAUCAGUGUUUUGGAAAUAAAUAUGAUAAUGGGAAAGGAAGACAGAUGCCAAUCCAUUAUGGGUCGAACAAACACAAUUAUUUCACUGUUGCAUCAACAGUUGCUACUCAAGUUCCUCAUGCUGUUGGCGCUGCUUAUUCUCUGAAGAUGGAUAGACGAGAUGCAUGCACCAUUACAUAUUUCGGAGAUGGAGGCAGUAGUACGGGAGAUUUCCAUGCUGCUUUAAAUUUUGCGGCAGUUAUGGAGGCACCAGUCAUAUUUUUCUGCCGAAACAAUGGAUGGGCCAUCAGCACCCCAGUAAUGGAUCAGUUUCGAAGCGACGGUAUUGUUGUUAGAGGUCAGGCUUAUGGAGUUCGUAGCAUCCGAGUUGAUGGUAAUGAUGCCCUUGCUGUGUACAAUGCUGUUCGGGUGGCUCGUAAAAUGGCCAUUAGUGAAUGCAGACCUAUUUUGAUUGAGGCCAUCACAUACAGAGCUGGACACCAUUCCACAUCUGACGACUCUUCCAAGUAUCGUCCGGUGGAAGAGAUCGAAUGGUGGAGAGUGGCACGAGAUCCUGUAACAAGAUUUAGGAAAUGGAUUGAAAGGGAAGGUUGGUGGAGUGCUCCUGCCGAAUCAGAAAUCCGUAAUGAUAUUAGGAAGCAGGUUUUACAUGUAAUUCAAAAUGCAGAGAAAGUAGAGAAACCAAAUGUAGGAGAAAUUUUCACAGAUGUGUAUGAUGUCCCACCUUCAAACCUUAUUGACCAAGAGAAAUCACUAAGAGAAACAAUUGAAAGACAUCCACAAGACUAUCCUCCUGAUUUUCCCACCUCGUAGAAAAGCAAAGAAAGAACCUCGUACGAGCCUAUGCUCGUCUACACGGGUCUUUGAUGGAUAUGCAGGAUGGGAUGCUCUGCUCACGGGCCAUUUUCGAGUCCCUUUUUAAUCACUUUAAAUUAGUCUCUUGAUGUAUCAUCUCUCUACUUCUGGUGAAUAAUCCUCAUACAUUCUUAAAUGUGGAAAUAAUGCCAUAAACUGUCGUUUGUUUUCAAAUUUUAA